AUGGGAGCUGGUUGCACCAUCUCGCUUUACAUUGGGGUGGAAACGUUGGUGGAGUAUAGGGACCCAAGGGAUGUAAUAUGUGAGGCCACAGACAAAUUCAAGGGGGACAAUAACUCCAAAUUUUUUCGAGAACUCAGCUUGCAAACUUCAUCCACGUUUAGAUUUCUCAUACCAUUAAAUGUCAAAACCAAGGUGGACGGUAAAAAGUUAACUGCUGUUGCUGAAGCAAUCGAGAAGAUUAACCCUCCUUUGGAAAAGGGCAAGAAGAGAUUAAAGAACGAUACAGAUGUCGAUGGAAAUCUUCAAAAACAGUCGCACCAAAAGAAAAAUAAACACCGAAUCACCCACACCUCAACUAACGUAGAAAUUUCAAGCGAUGAAGAAACUCUACAAACAAUGAAGAAGAAGUACGUCAAGAAAAUGUCAGCUCCAAGAAACACAAAAACCAAGAAAUUGGUUGAAAUAAAAAAGGAGAAGCCAUGA